AUGACUGAUGUUGAUGAGGGUGUGGCUGACGAUGACACACUAGAUGUAGAUGGUGCAUUUGUAGCCAAGAUUGCACGUCCGCAGAAGCGAGCAGGAGCCAUCCAAUUCAGCCCCCAGGCAGUGGUGGGCCAACACCAGGGCCAAAUGUGCCUCAUGCUACGAGCCACCAACCUACUGCAGCAACCUCUGGUGGAUGUAAAGAGCCCCCUUUACCCUGCACUAUGUGAGGGCACAUCAAACCACUUUGAGUUGGUGGUCUUUCUGUCAGCUUUGCAAGAGGGAACUGGCGACUCCUGUCAGAAGAGGACCUCGUACUUGCGUCACGAAAUCCAGUUCGAUCGUUGCUUUGUUCCAGCGUUGGGGAUGGAUGCUCGGGGGAGGUACAUGGUGAGCACCCAGCACUUUGAUACAGCCCACUCAAAGGAGCCUUUUAACAAGGAUUGUGCGGUGCAGAUCAAUGGAGAUGGCAGCGACAGGAUGGAGUAAGGAUGCUGAAGGAGAG